UUUAAGACGUUGAGUUGCAACUUUAUGAAUAAUUAAUUUUGUAUUGUAUUUAAUAUAUCGUUAGAAAAUAAAUAAAAAUAAUAAUAUUUAAUUUUAAACUCGUGACAAAACUCGUUAUAUAAAUAGAGACCGAAUCUAUUUUGUUUUGUAAACAAAAAUAAAACAAAAGUGUCAGACGAUGAACUUCGGCUAGGUUUAUUAAUUGGUACUCUAAAACUAACUAAAAAAUAAAACAUGGGUAAAAUAAAUAAUUCGUUUUUUUGGGGAAUAAUUUUCGCGUCGGCAACGUGGAGUAUUUCGCUUUACUUAUAUUGGUUACUUAAUAUGAGCGGUAAUCAGAUAGUAAACAAAGCAACAAAAGUCCACUAUCGACCACUUAACUGGGAUAUCAAAGAUCGUAUAAAGAACAAUGAUAAAUCUAUUGCAGCAUUGGAAGGGAAGGAUUUACUCAGUGACCAACCAAGAGAUGUGGAGGAAACAUUGUCAAAGACAAUGUGGAAAUAUCAAGAUUAUAAGAGACAAUCAGAGUACCGAAGAAAAGUGAUACUAAAAGAAAAAUUUGCUAAACAGCAAGCUAUUAAAAUGUCAAAAAAGACUGAAAAUGAUUUAGAAGAACAAUUUGGCUUGAUAAGAAAUUCAGAAGAUUUAAGAAUCCGAGACAAAGGUUAUAAUCUUCAUGCUUUCAAUACACUUAUAUCUCAAAGAAUCGGAGACCAUAGGGACUUACCAGAUACCAGGAAUAAACUGUGUCAAUCGCAACAAUACUUUGAUGAAUUACCCCGGGCGUCAAUUAUAAUCUGUUUCUACAAUGAACAUUUCGAAACAUUGAUGCGAUCAGUACAUUCUAUCAUGGAUAGAACGGAUCAGAAGCACAUAAAAGAAAUUAUACUUGUUGAUGAUUACAGCGACUUAGAUAAUUUGCAUCAUGAUGUACAGGAGGCGGUAGAUAAAUUGAAUAAUGUUAUAAAGAAAGAGGAAGAGAUGAUCGAAACUAAUAAUAUUGAUAUGGAAAAUGUUGUAGAUUACAUAAACGAUGACAAUUAUGAUAAGAAAAGCACUGAAAAUAGUGAGGUCAAGAAUAAUGUUUUUAAUAUAAGACUUUUAAAAACGAGUAAGAGAGAAGGACUUAUUCGGGCAAGACUCUAUGGUGCCGACAACAGUGUGGGUGAUGUCUUCGUAUUUUUAGAUUCACAUAUCGAAGUGAAUGUGGGCUGGUUGCCGCCGCUUCUGAAGCGUUUGUCCCAAGGUGUGGACGGAGUGAAAGUGCGAUACUCGGCUCGUGCCGUGACGCCUGUCAUUGACGUGAUAAACGCUGACACCUUUGAGUACUCGCCCAGUCCACUUGUGAGGGGUGGAUUUAAUUGGGGACUGCAUUUUAAAUGGGACAAUCUGCCAAAAGGAACGCUCAUAAACGAUGAAGAUUUCAUGAAACCCUUGAAAUCUCCGACAAUGGCUGGUGGCCUCUUCGCUAUAUACAGAGAGUAUUUUAAUGCGAUUGGAAAAUACGAUCCUGGCAUGAAUGUAUGGGGUGGUGAAAAUUUAGAAAUAUCUUUUAGAAUAUGGAUGUGUGGUGGUUCGUUAGAGCUGAUCCCUUGCAGUCGAGUCGGGCACGUGUUUCGUAAGAGGCGACCGUACGGUGUAGGCGAGAAGCAGGACUACAUGCUUCAGAACUCUAUGAGGAUGGCUCGAGUGUGGAUGGAUGAUUAUGUGAAAAAGGUGAUAGAAGUGAAUCCGUCGGCGGCUCACGUGGAAAUCGGCGAUAUAUCAGAACGGAAAGCGUUGCGCGAACGUUUGCAGUGCAAAACGUUUAAGUGGUACUUGGACAAUGUUUACCCGGAACUGGAGACGGGCGAAAACACCCAGGCCAAGAAGAGGAUGGCGGCUCUGAACGACGCCGAGAAGAAUAAGUUUCAGCCGUGGCAUUCGAGGAAACGUAAUUACACAGAUUCAUACCAGAUACGAUUGAAGAACACGUCUCUUUGCAUGCAAAGCGCUAAGGACAUAAAAACGAAAGGCAGUGGCCUAGUGCUCGCUAACUGCAUAAGAACUCUUAAUCAGAUGUGGUUCGAAACGGAUCGUAGCGAGCUGGUGCUCGGCCGGACAUUAUGUCUGGACGCAUCGAACAACGUGGCGCCGAUAUUAGGAAAGUGUCACGAAAUGGGUGGAACACAGGAAUGGAAACACAAGGGCACUGCGAGUUCUCCUAUUUAUAACACGGCGGCCGGAAUGUGCCUUGGCGUGGACCGAUCGUACAGAGGUGAAACCGUCUUAAUGGUUAUCUGCGAUGACUAUUCCAAUAACAAAUGGGACAUAGUCAGGUCUUAAGUGCUUUUCAGUCGCCUUCUAUUCUGCUAAAACAAUGAAUGACGCAUUGCCCGAAUAUUUCUUUCGUGUAUAUAGAUACUACUAAAUAAUAAUUUUUAUAUUUAAUUUAGUUGGAGAGCAUGUCUUGCCAUCCAUUUGAAUCGGGUCAUGGACGAAAUUGCCAAAACGGUGCCAAGAGUAUUAAUUAUUUUCGAACGUAAUAAUUAGAUUCAUAAUAAUAAUAUAAAGCCAUUUUCCACUACGUAACUACUCUCAUUAGGCGACUAUUGUCCUAAGUGAAUGACGGAAAACAACAAUUUGUGACACUAUGCCUUUUUGCCAUUUUCUAUCAUUAAUAGUGCCAGCGGGUUGUGCUUCGGUAUAAACAAUUUCUAGUUAGGUUGGUAUGUAUUUUAUCCCACUCUAUUUGUUCAUGCGAAGCCGUAAUUAAGUAAGCAACUCCAUCGAUAAUAUUUCGAAUAAGAUUCAUGCUUAAAUAAUGAAUUGAAAUGAUAACUAAUAGGCUCUUUACCUAACCAGGACGCUGACUAUGAGCUAUUUCGCAGCUUCUUUAUAGAUCGAUUUUCUUGUUGCUACGAAAGAGGUCUUAGAAUAAAAUUGUAAAUAUUUGUUGAGUAGGGAAGAGAAGAAAAUAUCAGGGUUGACGUAAUUCAAAUGAAAAUUUGCUUAAGACAUGAAUUUAAUUGUUUUAUUUGUACUAUAAUUAAAGUUUUUAAUAAUGUAAUAUGAUUAAAUUGGAUUGGCUUCUUAGACCGCAACCUUAGAAGGACCGUUGAAAACAACCGUAUGCAACCGUAUCACGUCAUUACGGAUCCUACUGUUUCAUUAACGGUGCUUUUAAGUACCACAACCACCGGUCACCGUCCUCG